GUCACCGGGCUCCCCUAUUCCCGCAAGUGGAAUCGCCCGUCCCUUCGCAUGCUCCAUUUGCGAGGGCGAUUCCAUUCCGGCAAAAUAGGGGGGCGGCACAAAAAGACGGCCCAAAAAUUUGCUUUUUCCGGGGGAGGGAAUCCCGUCUGGACAAGAAGGAGAAGGAGGCCAAGGAACCCGGAGGGAUGCAGAGGACGUAGUUAGAGCAGCCACCGCGGAGCGCCCCCUCCCCGCCCGCCCGCCCCUCCCCGGCCAUGGACGCCCGGCCGCUCUUCCAGACGCUGGCGGCGCUGGCGGAGGACAACGUGGCCUUCUUCCGGGGCAGCUCCUCGGAGGUGGGCCAGCGCUUCCUGGCGGCCUUCCUGGCCAUCCGGGAGCACGCCCGCUGCCUGGAGCCCGUCCUGGGCCACCUGGCCACCAUCUACCACCUCUUCGACCUGGACGAGGAGACGCCGGCCAACGGGUACCGCAGCCUGGCCCAGACGGUGCGCUGCUGCCUGGCCCACAUCGUCCACAAGAGCCGCUACGUGGCCGCCAACCGCCGCAGCCUCUUCUUCCGCACCGGGCACAACUGCGCCGAGCUGGAGGCCUACUGCGUGGCCCUGACCCAGCUGCGCGCCCUGGUCUACCUGGCCCAGCGCCUGCUCACCCAGAACCGCCCCGGGAGCCUCUUCAACCACGAGGAGCGCGGCCUCUCCCAGCUCUUCCUGCGCGAGUACUCCGCCAUGCAGAAGGGGUGCUUCUACGGGCGCUGCAUGGGCUUCCAGUUUGCUCCCUCGAUCCGGCCCUUCCUGCAGACAAUUGCCAUCAGCCUCGUCUCCUUCGGGGAAAACUACAAACGUCACGUUUCUGGUAUCGGCGUGGCGGCCAGCUCCCUCUUCACCAGCGGGAAGUUUGCCAUCGACCCGGAGCUUCGCGGCGUUGAGUUCGAGCGCAUCACCCAGAACCUGGACGUCCACUUCUGGAAAAGCUUCUGGAAUCUCACCGAGAUGGAGCUGCUGGCGUCCCUGGCCAGCAUGGCCUCCUCGCAGGUGCGCCUCUCGCGGGCGCUGCUGGUGCCCCCGCACUCCUUCGACCUCCCGCUGGUGGCCGACCCCACGCUGACCGUCACCAUCACGCCCCCCGUGGCCCACACCGGGCCGGGCCCCGUCCAGAUGCGGCUCAUCUCCCACGAGCUGCGAGAGGGACAGGACAGCGAGGAGCUGUUGCAGCUGCUUCGGCCGGAGGGGACGCUGGCGCUGGAGCUGCGCUGGAAGGCCCGCCCCGCGCCGCCCUCGCCCUUCCUGGUGGUGCACUUCCACGGCGGGGGCUUCGUGGCCCAGACCUCCAAGUCGCACGAGCCCUACCUCAAGGCCUGGGCCCAGGAGCUGGGCGCCCCGGUCCUCUCCAUCGACUACUCGCUGGCCCCCGAGGCCCCCUUCCCCCGCGCCCUGGAGGAGUGCUUCUACGCCUACUGCUGGGCCCUCAAGAACUGCCGCCUCCUGGGCUCGACGGCCCAGAAGGUGUGCCUGGCGGGGGACAGUGCCGGGGGCAACCUGUGCCUGACGGUCUCCAUGCGGGCGGCCGCCUUCGGGAUCCAGAUGCCGGACGGGAUCAUGGCAGCCUACCCGGCCACCCUCAUGCAGGCCGCCGCCUCCCCCUCCCGCCUCCUGACCCUCCUGGACCCGCUCCUGCCCCUCAGCGUCCUCUGCAAGUGCCUCAGCGCCUACGCCGGGAUGGAGCCGGACCCCCCGGAGGACCCGAGCGUGGAGAAGCUGGGCCCCGUGAACCUGGUCUGCCGAGACACCGCCCUGCUCUUCCGGGACCUGCGCCUGGGCGCCUCCUCCCUCUUCGGCUCCCUGAUGAACGGCAAGGGCAACGGGGCCAGGGGGGCCGGCAGCGAAACCCUUCGGAAGAGCCUCUCGGAGGUGGGCCUCCAGUCGGGACCCCCCGCGCCCUUCCAGGACUCCCGCAAGAGCCAGACCUGCCAGGACCUGACCUCCUGCUCCCCUCCGGACCCUGCUGCCUUGGGGCACCCGCCCGAAUUCUCCUUGACCGACAGCGGUCAGUGCCAAGCGGCGGCCACGGCGGAGGCCCCCGUCGGUGCGGACAACGGCCUGACCUUCCCGGACGGCUUCCACCCGCUGCGCUCGGCCCAGCCGGGUCCCGGCCUGCCCUUGGAGCUCUCGCCCAUCGUCAAGAACCCCUUCAUGUCGCCCUUGCUGGCCCCGGACGAGAUGCUCAAGGGGCUGCCCCCCGUCCACAUCGUGGUGAGUGUCCCGUACGGUCAAGGAGUUGGAGCAGGGGUCCCCAAACUAAGGCCCGGGGGCCGGAUGCGGCCCUCCAAGGCCAUUUACCUGGCCCCCACCCUCAUUGAUAAUAUAUUUUUAUAUCAGUUUUAAUAAUAUAAUAUAUUGUAUAUACAUAUGAUAUUGAUAAUAAUAUUAUCAUUUUAUACAAUAUAAUACUAAUAAUAAUACCAUAUAAUAAU